GUGGUAUCUGGUCGAAUCCGUGAACAGAUUACUGGUGCUAAAUUGAGAAGUAAUCCGCAUAACCUGAUCAACGUUACAUUAGAAAACCCAUUACAAGCAACGCCGCUACCUAAUUUAAUAGAUACUCAAGUUAACAAUUCCAUGACAAUGUCUAGCUCAGAUAUAGAAAUCUUACCAUCUCAAGGCCUGGUGUCUACCCUUCCCAAAUUUUUUCUUUCCAAUGUACGAUCCAUAUCCAAUAAAGUAGAUGAUUUUGAUGUAGUCGUCCAAAGAAAUGGCAUAGAUUUUGCGGGAAUUACAGAGACAUGGUUGAAUCCUAGCAUCCCGGAUAGCUGUAUAAAUAUCCAUGAUUUUAACCUG